GUCUCACAAGGCAAGAUGCGUCUCUCUCCUUCUUCAUCUUCUGCUGCUGCUGCUCUCUUCGCCUCUCUCCUUCUCAUCUCCAUCUCCACCCAUGUCGUCGUCGUUGCUUCGUAUGAGGAGGAAUCCAAUGUACAAGUUACGUUACCAACACCUGCUCCUCCUCAAUCGCCAAUAGUUAAGGCCCCGCCUAAUUCACCGGCGUUGACUCCGCCUCCUUACAAGGCCCCUCCCGCAAAACCACCGGUGACCCCUGGCUCGCCACCCUACAAACCACCGUCUUCUCCGGUCAACCCGCCCACGACACCGGCCUCGCCGCCUUAUAAGCUCCCACCCACUCCGGUCAAACCACCCGUGACCCCCGUCUCGCCACCCUACAAACCACCGUCUACGCCGGUCAACCCUCCCACGACACCGGUCAAACCACCCGUGACCCCUGCCUCGCCACCCUACAAACCACCGUCCACGCCGGUCAACCCUCCCACGACGCCGGUCAAACCACCCGUGACCCCUGUCUCGCCACCCUACAAACCACCGUCCACGCCGGUCAACCCUCCCACGACGCCGGUCAAACCACCCGUGACCCCUGUCUCGCCACCCUACAAACCACCGUCCACGCCGGUCAACCCUCCCACGACGCCGGUCUCGCCGCCUUAUAAGUCCCCGCCUACGCCAGUCAAACCACCCGUGACCCCCGUCUCGCCGCCGUACAAACCACCGUCUUCGCCGGUCAACCCACCCACGACACCGGUUUCUCCGCCUUAUAAGUCCCCGCCCACGCCGGUCAAUCCACCGAAGACUCCGCCGUCUCCAUACACGCCACCCCCCGUGAGGACACGGAUAGAUUGCGUGCCGUUGUGUGGGAAGAGGUGCAGCCUGCACUCGAGGAAGAACAUAUGCAUGAGAGUGUGCAUCACGUGCUGCUACCGGUGCAAGUGUGUGCCACCUGGCACCUACGGCAACAAGGAGAAGUGUGGCUCCUGUUACGUCAACAUGAAGACACGUGGCGGCAAGCCCAAGUGCCCCUGAUCUUCCCUCCGGCCUUUCCACUUUAUUAUUUACGAGAGAGGAUAUAUAUUAUAUUAUAUUUUUAUAUAAUGCCAAGUAUCGAUGUCCGAUUAGAUUUUGAUGUAUUGCGGUGGUCGGGAUGUUUCCGGGAAUUAUGAUCUCGAAAAAAAAAAGACCUUUUUUCUGUAAACAAAAAUAUUCAAAUUAUAAUAUGAAUAUCGAUGGACAUGUGUCUUGCA